UCACCCAGUGCAUCACAGUGACGUCCUGUGCGGAUAGACAGAUAGAUGCCCUUACAGUUGCAAUAAUAGAUCCAUAGCAAUAAUAUUUUCUGGAUGUGAAAAGGGCGUCUGGAGCCUGGGAGAAUCAGCAGCAUGCAGCGGAGCGCCGUGUUCGUGAUGGCGGAUAAAACGAGCCUGAAAAGGCCGUUUAUUUUCGCAAACGCUGUGCAUAUGGCGCUUUGCUUCUUCAUGCUGACGAUGACAGUAGCUUGGCAUAGAGACCUCCUUCUGACUGGCAAACUGGUGUCAAAUGUUUCCGUGGUGAUAAUGUACGUGGUGGAGAUCGGCUGUCUGCUGCUCUCAGUGCUCGGUGUGAUCGGAGCCUGUAAAGGGAAGAGAUGGUGUUUAAUUCUGUAUGCAACUGGAUUGGCAGCAGCCAGUCAAACGAUUAUUGUGAGAACAGCGCUAAGCUACCAAGAUGUGUAUGAGAAACGCGUGGUCCGUGAAGAGGCCAAGUUAUUGUCCAUGAUGCCACUCAGUUCAACCAACAAAGCCAACAGGACCCUGCUGUACAGUAUUCAACAAGAAUUUGAGUGCUGUGGUCUUAUUGAAGGCUACAAAGACUGGGGCCCUACCAUCCCUGCCUCCUGUAACUGUCACUAUCCAGGAAAAUGUAUUCGACUACGAGGCAUCGCCACACUCGGGGCUCCAAAGAACCAGUAUGUUUAUCAAAAGCCUUGCCUACCCGUUUAUGUUUCUGAACUGAAGCUCGCAUUCUCGUUGGCGAUGGCUGUACAAUUUGGAAGUGGAGUAUUUUGGGUGGUGUUACUGGUGAUGAGCAUCAAGCUGAUGGGGCAGAUUCGGAGGAAACAGGAGUUCAUGGCUCUUCUCCAGUCCAACAGAUAUGUCCCCGGGGCCUUCUAGUCACCUCGUAUGUUUUGAUACACACCUCAAACUAUAAUCAAGCAUACCUAAUUUGUAUUUGCACAUACAUAUAACACAAUACGCUGUAUACCAUAUCCUAGCUGUGCUAUAGGCAACAUAUGUUGACAUUAAAAUGUUCUGUUAAUGCAUGUGACUGAUAUUGAAAAGUAACCAACAUGCAAUUAUUUGGCCUUAAUGCUGUAAAAACAUUGCAAUUUAAUGAAGUAUUUAAUAAUCAGCACAUUUUCAAAAGCUUUUGUCCUAUCUCUGAAGUUAUUAAUUGAAAUGAAUAUCUUACCAAGCAUUAACCAGCCAUUUGUUUUCUUUGAGUAGCUGGAGUUGACCACAGCGUUUUUCAUGAACAGUAAGUGACAUCUUACCUGGAUAAUAAUGAGAUGAUACUUACCUCCAUUUCCUUCAUACCUGGAUACAUUUCGGAGGACAGAGAAUAAUCUAAUUGCAUCUAUAGAACCUACAACUUAAUCAAUUAUUAGGUUUAAUUCAACACCUGGACCAACUAUUUAAAUAUUCAUAGUAGUCUUUACAUUACAUUAUUAGUCUUUACAUUACAUUACAUUUUCCAGCAUUAGAGCAAGUAAUAAUCUUUGAACAAAUUAUAAUAUUAAUAACCCUUAUGUAGCACCUUUCUUAAACAGUGUUUACAAAGUGCUUUGAUUGAAAUAUAAUCAUUUAUUUAUUAUCGAGCAAUGUAUUUUCUUGGGUGAAUAAUCAGGUUAGACAAUGCAAUGAGCAUCAGCUCUCGGAAUGUCUCGAUGCCUUGUUAUGCACAAUGUAUAUUUGACUCUUCAUCCCUCCAUUUAGUUGUUUCUUAAAGCACAUUAAGUCGGGUGUAUUGUACGGUGGCCGACAGAUGCAAACGCGCUUCAACAGUCCAAAAUAUAUACCAUUAGGAGAAACGCACUGCAGCUUCAGAAACGAAAUAUAGAAAGACAAAUGUGUCAAAAUACAUGAAAAAUGAAGAACCAUCUUUACAAACUCGAAAAAAACAUGCACAGCAUUUACUAAAAGCCCUACAUAAACGAAGCACUGCGAAUACAAAACGGGGUGGGGUAGGUGAAGUUUGGUAGGUAAAGUUUGUGUUGCCCACAACGCCACCUACAGUAAGGGAGUUUCACCCACUAACUAUUAAUAAUAAAAAAUGUUAACCCACAAGGAGCACAGGUUCGCUUUACAUAACGGGCCAGAGACAGUUUCAGUUUGAGUUAACACAAUUACUUUAUUUUAUAACAAUCAAUUGAUUAUUCUAAAAACACCACAAUUAUACAAUCAGCUAAAAGUUAAUACGGGGGCAUAUGAGGUACAAGGCAGGGCUGGGGCUUAACAGGCGGCAAUAAAUAAAAAAGGGGGAAGGGUCCAACUCGAAACCACCCGUGUCACCGCACACCAAACAAAAGGACACCACCACCAGGGAUUAGGGUUUCCGCCUCGGGCCCACAGCACCUGUCUGACAAGAGGAAGACAGUUCAAACCUCCACACAGUAUUACACUUAUGAUAAAAACAGAUAUGGCAAUUGUACUGCACUGCAAAUACAAAACGCUAUAGAUUUGGCAAAAUGAAAAGGGGGGACACUAAUAAGUGAUGCACACAGCUGGGACUGGAGGGAUUAUAAAUGUACGUUUUAGUGGUUUGCAUGAUUCUUUCCGAUAUUACUAGGUAAGCUAUAUAUAUAUCUGAAGGAAUCAAGCGAUCACAUUGUUUAAAUAAGCCGAUAAAACUCACAUUUUAUGUAACUUAAUGACAACAGUGACAGUUGGCCUACUUUAUAAUCUCCGAACGUCAACAAGCGCUCCGGUCCCAGCUGUGUGCAUCACUUUUUAGUGUCCCCAUGUUUUCGUUGUGUUUUGAGUUCCUUGCAGCAUUUUUUAUUUGCAGCAUUUUGUUUAUGUAGCACUUUUUAGGGCACGUUUUAGGGCCCACUUAAGAAUCUACAUUUUUUUUGUGGCCCACAUUCAACCAUAUGCAAUACGGAGGCUAAAUAAAAUUCUGAUUGGUCAAUUCAGAACAUGUGACACGUUGUUAAUCCGGUGGUACAGAUCGCUGUCAAAGACUGUAAUGACCGUUGCUAAGGAGGAUCAAGAAAGACAAAGGAAAGGAGGUUCGAAUAAAAAAAAAAUCUUAAUAAUGAAAAUGUUUCCACACAAAUCAUAAUGUUUUGCAAAUUAUUUAGCGGCCCACGUGUUUCGUCAACUUGGUGAAUAUAUUCUAAAUGUUGCGCAUGUGUUGUCAAGUUGGUAAAGAUGAUUCUUCAUUUGCAUGUGUGUUGGCACAUUUGGGUUUUUAUAUUUGUUUCUGAAGCUGCAGCUCUUUUCUCAGAAUGAAAGUGUUUUGGGUCGUUAGAGCGUGUUCGCACCUGUCGGCCACCGUAGGAUUACCCCCCUAAGAGGAAAAUGGAUUCUGUUUGGUUGCACAUUCAGUAGACAUGCAGUAAAUCCUCAAAUGUUUUGCGCCCAAAAUAUGAUUUUUUUUGGCGAGGCCGCUGCAGAAAGGUCGUGAGAGGCUCUUGUAAGAAAAACGCGUCACUAAGAUUCUUCUGUCCCAGCUGAUGCCGCUCUCACCGAAGAAGCCUUUACGCCACAUCACUCCUAACAUGACUGCAUGAGCUGCCUGAGGUGGAAAUAAAUAAACUGUCGAAUGAUUUUCCUCUAAAACAGCAGAUCCAAUGUCUACCUGUGCACUUUAACCAUAAUGCCUAAUAUCAGUAUGUUCUUGCAAAGUAUGGUAUUUUUUAUUUCUGUCAUAAACUGUUUUUUUUUCUUAUUAUGUUUUAUUUAUGGAAUGAACUUAUGUAAUAUAUUUUGUAAAUAG